CCCAUCAACCCCGGUCUCCUCUCCUGCAUAGAAUCACAUCACUGCCCAUUGUAGAGACUGUUUUUGACCCCCAAGUCACGUUCAAAAUGAGAUCAGCUUUCUUCCAACCCCUCCUACCCCGCCAUAACUUCUGCUCCCCGGCCUUAAGAACUUUCUCUCUCCCUCAACGCAUUGCUGCCUCGAACACCUUUGCGACUCCCCGAUUCUAUUCACAGCCUGCCAAAAUGCCUAACACCAAGGUUUUCUUCGACAUUGCCUGGAAGGGCCCCGUCUUCAAGGACGGUCGUCCUACCACCGAGAUCAAGGAUCAGGUCGGUCGCAUCAACUUCAACCUCUUUGACGACGUUGUCCCCAAGACCGCCGAGAACUUCAAGGCUCUCUGCACCGGCGAGAAGGGCUUCGGCUACAAGGGCUCUUCUUUCCACCGAAUCAUCCCCAACUUCAUGCUCCAGGGUGGUGACUUCACCCGCGGUAACGGCACUGGCGGCAAGUCCAUCUACGGCGAGAAGUUCGCCGAUGAGAACUUCCAGCUGAAGCACGACCGCCCCGGUCUGCUGUCCAUGGCUAACGCCGGCCCCAACACCAACGGCUCCCAGUUCUUCAUCACCACCGUCGUCACCUCCUGGUUGAACGGCCGCCACGUCGUCUUCGGCGAGGUCGCUGACAAGGAGUCCAUGGCCGUUGUUGCUGCCCUCGAGGCCACCGGCCGUGAUGACGGCAAGGUCAAGUACGAGCCCCGCCCCACCAUUACCGACUCCGGUGUCCUGUAAGCUUGUGUAAAGAAGCAACAUGCUCUGCAUGUCCAUCUGGUGGCAGUUUUGGAACCAUGAAAAUAUAUGGGGCGGAUUAAAAGAGGCUUGAAAAGGUACCUCGCCAUAUCCUUUAGCCAGUCAUUUAGGGUGCUGCAAAGCAUAACGAAAAAUACAAGUUCUCCAUUGCAUCGAACAUG